AUGACGGGGAAAGAUGGAGCCGUACUGUCGGACUCGGAGAACAAGGAGCGCUGCGGGAUCAUGGCGCACACGGGGCAGCAGCCUGUGGCCUGGAAGCUUGGGCCCGCGGUGCCCAGACGCACGGGUUUCGGGAUCCAGGAGCUGCUGGGUCUCAACAAGGAGAGUGUCCCGCGGCGGCCCCUCGAGGCUCUCCCGCACAGAGCUCACGCACUGGUGACGCGCGGGCCUCUGGGCCCCGGGCCGUUGCUGCUGGGGCCCGACGGAGGAAUCCACGCGUUUUACCGUCAGCCCACGUUCCUCGAGGCUCAGCACGUGCACCUGCCGCCGCUGCACAGAGACGCGCACGUGGACGCGCACCUGGACCCGCGCUCUUCCAGCUCCGAUUCGGAUGACAUGAGCAUCUCAGGGGAUAAGAAGUUUAAUUCAUCGCUGAGUCAGAGCAAGAAACGAAAGAAAAGACGACACAGGACCAUUUUCACGUCCUACCAGCUGGAGGAACUGGAGAAAGCCUUUAAUGAAGCCCACUAUCCCGACGUUUAUGCUCGAGAGAUGCUUUCCAUGAAGACAGAGCUGCCAGAGGACCGCAUCCAGGUGUGGUUCCAGAAUCGCAGAGCCAAAUGGAGGAAGAGAGAGAAGUGCUGGGGCCGCAGUAGUGUCAUGGCGGAGUACGGUCUUUACGGCGCUAUGGUCCGUCAUUCCAUCCCACUCCCGGAGUCCAUCCUGAAGUCGGCAAAAGACGGCGUCACGGAGUCAUACGCACCGUGGUUAUUAGGUAUGCACAAGAAAUCCGUGGAGUCCCCUGACACCUCUCCCAGCAAAUCCUGCAGCAUGAUACCAACACCUGCAGAGGACCAGGCUCAGGACCAAACACAGGAGGACAAUGACAAGUGGACGCAGGACACAGUCUUGGACUUUUCCAAAGAGGAGAUGAGAGAGAACAGUAUAGCGGUGCUCAGGGCCAAAGCACUGGAGCACAAUGCCAAGAUACUGUCAAAAGUCACAGACAAAACUCACACAGACGCAGAGGAGGCGAUGGAGGACGAGACAGAGCUCCAGAUCGCAGGAGAUACACGCUUUGUUGACAUUAUGUGGCUGCGGUGCACGUCAAGGCGGCUGUUUCCUUCCUUCCGUGCGCUAAAGCAGACCCGUCCCCAUGCGUCGUCUUCGGGAGCGAGAGUGGUUAUGCCCGAAGCCGCUGGGUUUCAGGGAGUCAGGGACCGCGCAACGCUCCACGACUUCUCCCUCACGCACAAUGACAGCUUUUGGGAAGCCAUGGCCAACAACAGGCUCUCCUGGAUCAGCGCGUACUCCACCGUGCAGGACUGCGACCUGAGGCGAGGCAAAGUCAAGUGGUUUGUGGGAGGAAAGCUCAACGUGUCUGUGAACUGCUUGGACCGCCAUGUGCUCACCUGUCCGGACAGAGUGGCCCUCAUCUGGGAGAGAGACGAGCCGGGGUCCCAGGUCAAAGUCACUUACAGGGAGCUGCUGGAGAUGACGUGUCGAGUCGGUAACCUCCUGAGACGGCGUGGGGUGAAGAAAGGCGACUGCGUGACCCUCUACAUGCCGCCCUGUCCGCUGGCCGUGGCCUCCAUGUUGGCCUGCGCGAGGAUCGGAGCGGCUCAUAACGUGGUGUUCGCGGGAUUCAGCUCAGACGCUUUGGCCGAGCGCAUCAGAGACGCCAACUCCAGCACAGUGAUCACGGUGAACCAGGGCGUCAGAGGCGGAAAGACCACGGACCUGAAGAAAACCGUGGAUGCGGCCGUGGAAACCUGUCCAAACGUCCGACAGGUGUUCGUUGCUAUGAGAACAGAGACUCCGGUUGCCAUGAACAGCCGGGAUGUGGCUAUGGAAGAGGAGAUGAUGCAGGAGGACGUGGUGUGUGAGCCAGCUGUUAUGGACAGUGAAGAUGUUUUAUUUAUGCUUUAUACGUCGGGCAGCACAGGGAAACCUAAAGGACUGGUCCACACGCAGGCUGGCUACCUCCUUUACGCCUCAUUAACACACAAGUAUGUUUUCGAUUACCAUGACGGAGAUGUGUUCGGCUGCGUCGCUGACAUCGGCUGGAUAACCGGACAUAGUUACUGCGUGUACGGACCUCUGGCAAAUGGAGCCACUACUGUUUUGUUUGAAAGCACUCCUAUUUAUCCAGACCCAGGCAGAUACUGGGAGAUGGUGGAGCGACUACAGAUUAACCAGUUUUAUGGAGCUCCAACAGCCAUCCGCCUGCUGCUCAAGUACGGAGACCACUGGGUGCAAAAAUACGACCGCUCGUCCCUGAAAACGCUGGGCUCUGUGGGCGAGCCCAUCAACACUGAAGCUUGGGAGUGGUACCACAGAGUGGUGGGCGAUGGUCGCUGCCCUGUCGUGGACACAUGGUGGCAAACAGAGACAGGUGGCAUCUGCAUUGCCCCGCGGCCUUCAGAGCCUGACGCUGAGAUAGUCCCGGGAAUGGCCAUGAGACCCUUCUUUGGCAUCAGUCCAGUGCUGGUAGACAAUGAGGGGAAGGAGGUUAGCUCAAAAAGUGCCUCUGGAGCCUUGUGUCUGGCCCUGCCCUGGCCUGGGAUGGCCCGGACCAUCCACAACAACCACCAGCGGUUCAUCGAGACGUACUGCCAGCCCUUCCCUGGCUACUUCUUUACGGGAGACGGGGCGAACAGAACAGAGGAGGGGUACUAUCAGAUCACCGGGCGCUUGGAUGAUGUCAUCAAUGUGAGCGGCCACAGGAUCGGGACGGCAGAGAUAGAAGAUGUUGUGAAUCACUGCUCCGCUGUCGCCGAGUCAGCAGUCAUCGGGUACGCACAUGACAUAAAAGGAGAAGGGGUUUAUGCGUUUGUGGUGUUGAAAAAGCAAGUGGAUAUUUCAGAGUCCGACUUACGGCAGCAGCUCAAAGACCAAGUGUCAAAGUCUAUCGCCAAAUACGCCUGUCCGGACUACAUCCAGGUUGCUCAGCGCUUGCCCAAAACACGCUCAGGUAAAAUAAUGCGUCGCGUGUUGCGGAAGGUUGUAGAGAGAGACCUGGACGGACUCGGAGACCUGAGCACGCUGGACGACCCCUCUGCAGUCCAAGAGAUCAUCCAGGGCCACAAAGAAACCUGCCUCUAG